UUCAUCGAUGUACGACUAAAAUCAUGCAUUUAACAAAUACAGUGCUAUUAUUAAAUUUUGCCGGAAUCUAUGGGUUUAGAUUUUACAGCUUCGGCAAUGGCUACCGAUAUCUUUCGAAGCAAAUGGCAAAUUACGCUGUGCAGUUUGAUUACGCUUCAGUUGAUACGAAAUGGAUCGAACAGCCUUUGGACCACUUCGAUGCGAAAGAGAACAGACCUUGGAAGAUGAGGUAUUUUGAGAAUCUGGAGUUUUGGAAACCUAACGGGACUAUCUAUCUGUUUAUUGGCGGCGAAGGGGAAGCUCAUCCUUAUUUUCUCACGCUUGGCACCUUAUAUGAACUGGCAAACGAAACAAACGGAGCGAUGUUCGGAUCAGAGCACAGAUAUUAUGGCAAAAGUAUGCCUUUAGAUAAUACAGUAACAGAAAACUUGAAAUACUUAAGCUCGCGCCAAGCUUUGGCAGACUUAGCUUAUCUUCUGGAAACUAUAAGAUCUUCACCAAAGUUCAAGAAGUCCACGAGCUCAAAAGUAGUGGUCAUUGGAGGUUCUUAUCCUGGAAAUUUAGCGGCGUGGAUGAGGCUGUUAUAUCCAAAUUUAGUUGAUGCAGCUAUAGCUAGCAGCGCACCAGUUUUAGCUAAAAAAGAUUUCUUUGAAUACUUAGAAACUGUUUCCGAUGACUAUGAACAACAAGGACUUGAUGGUUGCCACGAUAAAAUCUCCGAAAUAUUUAAAAGAUACGAAAAGUUAUUUAGUAGUGAACAAGGAAUUAAGCAACUGAAGGAAGAAGAGAAGAUUUGUCAAGAUAACGAUAUGACUAGACUUGAAAACAAACAGUUAUUCUUCAUGGAUAAAACUUCAGAAUUUAUGGGGCGAGCGCAGUAUGGCAAUCCAGACUACAUAAAGAAACAUUGUGCAAAAAUUAUGAAUUCAUCGAGAAUUGCUACUUCAAAAAUGUCAUUUGAGGAUGAACCGAAUUUCUGGCGCGAAGAGAUUGAUUGCUACGACUACGACUUUUAUAACAUGAUUGAUGAAAUGAAAGAGAUAGAUUGGAUCCUAUCUUGGAUAUACCAAACAUGUACAGAGUUUGGAUACUAUCAAUCAACUAACUCUGAUAAUCAUCCUUUUACUAGAAAUAUUCCAGCUGAGUUGUAUUACAAGAUGUGUACAGGACUAUUCGGACCAGAGUUUGAGGAACAAAGGAUUGACGAAGGAAUAGAUUACACGAACAAAUUGUAUGGAGGACUCAGUCCUAAUGUAACUAAUGUAGUCUUUGUCAAUGGUGACAUGGACCCUUGGAGUCGACUUGGGAUCUUAGAAGAUGUUUCCUACGAUGCUCCAGCAAAAGUGAUACCAAGAGCGUCUCAUUGCAGAGACUUGUUUUCUAAUAGAAAAGGAGAUCCGGAAGAGUUAGUUGAAGCAAGAAGUUAUAUUAAGUAUUUGAUAAAAAAGUGGUUGCGGCUGGGUGAAUAUUACAAAUUGGUGUAAUGAACUUUGGUUCUUAAGAUAAAAUAAGUUAAGAUAGUCAUAUUUUCAUUAGAUUGCGUUACGCCACACGCAUAACGUAUAACUUUCGUAUCAAUUCAAUUUAAAAAAAUAUUGUAGCGUUUCUUGAAUUACUUAUACGGAUUAAUAGUUUCGUCACUGUUAGAAAUCGACUGUUAAAAAACCACUGUUCUAUUUCCUCUGCCAUUCUCAAUUACUUAGUGGUCUAUUUCAUUCAAACUCCUGUUUGUGUCAUUUAAUUAAAUAUGAUUUCUUACUAUCGCUUUCUCAACAUCAUCUUCAUCCGGACCUGUCAAAUCUUCAGUUUAGGUAAGCGGACCCUGUGAAAAACGGCAUAAUGCUAGGGAGACUUUCUCAAUAUCAUUGUUCCACCUCAUCUAUUCUGUAUAACCAUAAGACAUACUUGUAAG